AUUUCUUUAACCUUGUUGCCAGGUAUGUAGAUGCGCUAUCAUGCUGCACAACAUCCAAUAUACAUGUUCGAGCUCAGCAUGGUCAGGAAAAGCAAGUGAGAGUUCCGGACCAGGUUGGACAUCAAAGUUGGAUCAGGAAAAAUUCUCCCCACCAGUAAGCUCAGAGAGUUAUGGUAUUGAGAAGCCUAGAUCAGGCUACUCUUGCCUGUCCGCAAGCUUAUGCAGGCUUUGUUCCUUUGCCAGACGGACUCUAGGCUCUGCAUUCCAAGCAGUAGAAUGAGCAAGAUCGUCCGCAAUGUGUGAUCUCUCAGUGGUUGAUGUGAAAGAUGGCGAUGUGCCUGGCUGCAAGUUUUAGAUGUAGACCGCACACGUGUCGCGGAUGCCUGCGUCUGAAUCAACAGAGGCAAAAUUGGUACCAACCCACGCAAAAAGCAGAAGCAGGCAAAGUCAGCUUCGGAUGGUGUGAAUGUUGGGCAAGUCUUGACGCAGAGCUUACGCUAGUGAGGCAGAAAGUGCGACCUAGGGAUGUGUCCAAACUAUCGCAAGCCCAAAGGAAGCUGGGGAGGCGGAAAGAACCUUGACUCCGACUGCUAGCAGGCACCGAAGAUGAUCUGCGCAAGCAGAACAUGGUCGAGCUCCAAGGGCAGCUCGAGACGGUAACGUUGCUCCAAUGCGUUCAGUGGGAAUGUGGCUCUCCAUCGCUCGCAAUUCUGGCAGCAAGGCCCCAGUCUAAAGACAGGCGCUCUUACCGCCAGGAGAAUUGGCGCUCUUACCGCCUAGAGUACCGGAGCAAUCUCAGGAAGCUUUCUUGAGUCCACAAACUCGGGAGGAAAUCGGCAGACCUAUCUGAUUUGCAGUGCUUGCG